AUGGCCUCUUCGAUAUUCUGGUCUGCACGACUGACCAUCGCUGCGAUCUUUCUCCUUGGUCUCUGCCAGCGAGCUGUCGCCCAAUACGAAGUACCUUACUGCGCGACUUUUAAUACAGCGGACUCUGAUACUAGAAAUUCCAGUAUAUACCAGUCGAACAGUCUAUGCUUCAACUACUGCAACGGCAUUACCCCCCUCAAUAAAGUACAAUAUGCUUUCGCCGUGGUGCAAUGGCAGACAUGCUGGUGCACCGACUACGCACCUUCAUCUUCAACGACUGGCUGCACUCUAGAUUGUCCUGGCUGGCAGGAGGAGAAGUGUGGCAAUACGAGCCCCAGUCUGUUCGGAUACAUUUCAUUACCUUCGUCUCCUAAGGGAACCAAAGGACCCUCAGCAGCAACAUCAAGUGUCGAUCAGACUCCAGAUACGACCACCACGAGUGAACAACCUUCGUCGACCUCCUCUACAUCCUCAUCGUGGACUCCUACUCCAGUCGUCUCCUUGGAAACCAUCACGGGUCAAGUCCGUACCGUGACGGUAACGCCUACAGUACCUCCGAACGCACAGGCAACGAAUGAAUUAACACCCUCGAAUGAAGGAGGUGGUGGAUUGGGUACGGGAGGAGCAGUUGGGCUCACGGUGGGACUGGUUGCACUCGUCGCAAUUAUUGCUGCUGCGGUAUUCUUCUUCAUCCGCAAACGCCGCCGGGAUCAAGAAGGGUCCGACAACCUGAGCAGGAGGGGAAGUUCGGCAGGAUUUGGAGCAGCCGUAAUACCAUCUAGGACGAUGAGCGAAAACUCAAGAUAUGUUCUAGGAACAGAUGGACGACGAGUAGUAGAAACGUGGGAGCCUGGAGAGACCGCCGAAGUCAGAAGAAGUCGAUUAAUACCAGUCGAUCAACGAUUAGAUCCAUUCUCGCCCGUCUACCAAAGAGGAGACAAUAAGAGUCGAGAGAGCGUCAACACAAUCCGAGACGACCACGACUACUCAAGGCGGAUGGUCACAGGCGGCACUGGCAUCCUUCGAGCCACCAACCCUGACUAG